GACUUCAGUGUGCCGCGCAGUGUGCGCAAAUUCAUAAACCCUCUCUCAGGUUUGGUGGUUUUUGAAUCUGGAGAGUUGGGACCAGGCGGGAAGACCCUCUUCACUCUAAAAGAAGAUGACAGCCCACAGAGAGGUAACUUCUGUUUACAUGGAACUCAGAAAUCUCCUGCAAAUCAUGAUCUUAAGACCAGAGAAUGGCAGGUGAACAGAAACCCUCAAGUAACCUCCUGGAACAGUUUAUUUUACUAGCCAAAGGUACUAGUGGCUCAGCCCUCACUGCUCUCAUAAACCAAGUCUUGGAGGCUCCUGGAGUCUAUGUCUUUGGAGAACUGCUGGAGCUGGCCAAUGUGCAGGAGCUUGCAGAAGGAGCUAAUGCUGCGUAUUUGCAGUUGCUGAACCUGUUUGCCUAUGGAACAUACCCAGAUUACAUAGCCAACAAGGAGAGCCUGCCAGAACUGAGCACAGCUCAGCAGAACAAGCUGAAGCACCUUACCAUCGUGAGCUUGGCAUCGAGAAUGAAGUGUAUCCCCUACUCCGUGCUGCUGAAGGACCUGGAGAUGCGGAAUCUCCGGGAACUGGAAGACCUCAUCAUCGAGGCUGUCUACACUGACAUCAUCCAGGGCAAGCUGGACCAGCGAAACCAGCUUCUGGAAGUGGACUUCUGCAUUGGCCGUGACAUCCGAAAGAAGGACAUCAAUAAUAUUGUCAAGACCUUGCAUGAGUGGUGUGAUGGCUGUGAAGCAGUUCUGCUAGGCAUUGAGCAGCAAGUUCUGAGAGCCAACCAGUACAAGGAGAACCACAGCCGAACUCAGCAGCAGGUAGAGGCAGAGGUUACCAACAUCAAGAAGACCCUCAAGGCCACAGCAUCUUCCUCGGCUCAGGAGAUGGAGCAACAACUGGCCGAACGGGAAUGUCCCCCUCACGCCGAGCAGAGGCAGCCCACCAAGAAGAUGUCCAAAGUGAAAGGUCUGGUUUCCAGCCGCCACUAGGGCCGGCUGGGGCAGCUGGCACUCACCAGGCCUGGGCAAGUGGGGAGGGGACACCUAGGGCCUAUUUCCUCCUCUCUCUACCUUCAGUGAGUUCCAGACCUGCCCGUCCCCUCACCAGCGCCUCCCCAUCCUGUUGGUACUGUUCCAGAAGAACCGUUAACUCCUUUCCCUCGCCCACACCCUCCUUCCCCAGUUGUUCCCUUCAGACUCAGGGGCUCCACUGAUGCCAUCCCAACAGGGUCAACACUGCCCAGCUUCCCUCCAGGAGGUUCUUGUCUCUGUUUAAGGGCUUGUCUCUCCCAGUUUUUCUUUUGCUCCAUGCCAUUUGGUCAGGCUGGUCAUAGCCAGAGGCAGCUUUAACCGGCCCACAGGGAUGACUGCAAAGGAGGCUCCUCUGAGUGAGGAGGGGGCACUCCUCCAGCCCCAUGUACCACAGUACCCACAAUGGUGCAGGCACUCUAGCCAAGUAUCAAAAUGCUUUGUUUUCCCUCCCCUGCCUUGUCCCUCAUUGACAGCUCCAAUCAGGCCAUGGAGGGAUGUGAUGCUGGGCUAUGUUUACUCAGCCUCUUAAGCCCAGCUCAAAUCUCUCAUUAGUUGGGAGCACUGAGUUAACUGAUGUCUGGUAUCCGAGCACCAGUGGAGGGUGCUCUGGGUCUGCUCGGUGGCAGAAGUUUCUUCCAGCUUGGUGUUCUCUGCUGCCUGACUACUCAGACUGGUUUUCGGUGUGAAGGCCCAGCUGCCCACUGAGACUGUCUGCCAACACUUGCUCUCCCCAGAUCUUUAAUUACUCCUGGCUGCAUCUGUGGUGGGGACAGUGGUGCUGAGGCCCAGCCUGCUGGGGAAGGACCUGUUGCUGCUUCUGUCUGUUUCUUUCCACCCCUCCUUGGCUGAUGACCCAGAGCCCUCUGAUGAUGGCAUUCUCCUGGCAAGAGAAAAGGACUUGACUAGCCUUUCUGAACUUGAACAGUUUCAGGUUAUAUUUUAAUUUUUUUUUUUUGUACAGGUUCUGAUUCUAAUACAUUUCAACAUGCCUUUUUCCC